CUCUGUCUAUCCAGUCUGUGGUAGAGGAUGACAGCAGCGGGGUCCAGUGGAGCAGUCAACGCCGUCUGCACCCAAGACUCCUCCCACUCACCUAAAACAACCUGCCCACAAACCACAUGGCCCUGCCCACUCUGCUUCCCACAGCAACAGAAGGAUGAGCUCGAAGUCAGACUCCGCCUCCGCUCCCCUCCUGGGGCAUGGCUACUAGCGGGCGUUAUCGUGGUGAUGGUGGGAAUGUUUGUGGCCGUGGCCGGGUACGCUAGCUCCACCCCUAACCCUGUGGGUGGGCGAGGCAGCUCCCACAGCGAGCGAAUGAAACUGCUCGGCCCUGUCGUGAUGGGCAUCGGCCUGUUCAUCUUCAUCUGUGCUGGAACCCUGCUGUACGAGAACCGGGACCGCGAGAACCGAGAGCGUGAGAACCUUGAGAACCCUGAGGAGCAGGGGAAACGCAAACAGAAGAAAACAAGGGAACGGCGCCGGGAGAACCGUGAUUAUGAGGAUGUGGAACAGGGGAACCAGAGAGAGCCCUCAGACAGACACGCCCCUCUCCCUGAGGAGUGCCCGCCCCCCCUGCCUCCCAGAGUGCCUAGACAGGAGGGGUCAGAGUUGAACGUUCUCUCUGUGGGGGCGCUGAGCUCACUGCUGCCAGGGGAGGGACAGGGGCGUGAAGAGAGAGUCAGAGAGGUGGGGGGUAAAGGGGGCUCAACCCUGCUGACCAGAGUCCUGCACCACCAGGACCCCCCCUCCUCCUGUCCCUCCCCAGCUCCCUCCUCUGUGUACUCUGACUCCUGUAACUCCAGUGAGAUCAACUAUAACGUUCAGACAGGCUCCCCUAUCCACUCUAUUCACCAACUCUGAGAUUCUACUGUUCUCACAUCUGUACAUGCUUUCUAAAGAAAUGCACCACAUAUUUCUCCAUCUCUUUCUGUGGUUUCUAUAGGCUGUAGAUGCAGUGGAGUGUGUUGGGCAUCUCUCUCUACCCCUCUAGGACGGGCAGAGCCAGGGGGAGACAGGGCUAGGUGACGUCAGCUUGUUGUUGUGUAGUAAAGUCUCUCUCAGGGGUGUUUGACUGUAUUUGGGCUUGGGAGAGGAUUCCACUGCAGACAGUGACUGUGGUGCCAUUCUGACUGAUGCGCGUACACACAGUAAAUACGGCCAGACAUUCCGCUGUGGAACAGGCUGCUUUGGAGAACUUUGAUUCAUUUACAUUUACAUUUAAGUCAUUUAGCAGACGCUCUUAUCCAGAGCGACUUACAAAUUGGUGCAUUCACCUUAUGACAUCCAGUGGAACAGCCACUUUACAAUA